CUCUUAUAUCAUUUGUCGCAAGAAACCUUCUAAGAGCUACAAGAAUAUGGAUUGUAGGUAAGGAAAUUCUAACUUAUGAAGAAGAGCUUAUAGCUGAGUUUGAUAAAGUUUGGAAGUCACUAGGAGGCGCUCAGUCUUAUCGAUUCUGUUGCUG